AUGGAGGCUUCACCGUGGCACAACGCUGUAAACACAGCCAACACGACCACAUCCUACGCGUCUUUGCCCAAUGGAUCCUGCAACUUUCGCUCACUCAGUAGCGGCUCAAGAGCCCCGACAUGUGGCUGUCGUAGAUUCUGGCUCGACAGGCCCCUAGAUAGUCAAAAUGCAUCUUCCGUCCUCUGCGCCUGCGGCCAUCACGCUUGCUUCCACGACGUUACAGUCGACUCUGCUCCAACUGCACCUACCAACCUGAUGCGACACAGCAGCGCUCCUUCUGUACCCACAAAUCAAGAUAAUACCACGCUACAAAUUCAACCGCCCGCCGUUCCUCCACAAGAUGAAACCAGACAUGAUCGAAUAGAGUCCUCAAGGGCUGCACCCUUAUCCAUUGACAUCUGGGGACGUUUGAACAACUUUGCGCGAUGGCAACAAGACCCCACCUGGAUUCCGUCCACUGCACCGGCCAGUGUUCUGUCAUAUGAACCGCAACCAGAGCCGCAGCAGACGUCCAGUGAGCCGUCGCCGGUAAAGAGUACAACGUCCAACGAACGGCCAUAUGCCUCACUCUUCCCCAACAUGGACGGCUUGAUGGCCAGCCCUACCGUUCGAGGAACACCCACCGCCGAUUAUGUACCUGAUUCACUACAAGCCGAUGCACCUUCCGACGCUCAGCAGGAUCAAGGGGAAUCUCACUCAGUUCACGACCAGCCUUCGAUCCCUACGGACUCCAAUACAGAAGCACCUGAAGUUGUAGACACAAAACCGUGUCUGGAGGUUACGAAAUUCGUCGAAAGCAAACCGCAAGAGGCACCAAGUACACCAACCAAAGCCGUGACGACCGAUGUGCAAAACAUUCUUCAGAGCUGUGUUCGGCGAUUAGAAACGCUGGAGACUUAUUCUUUCUCGCACGUACCCCUUGACGAAGUACAUGAAAAGUUCGAGCUUUUGGACGGUCGCUUACUAGAGAUGGAAUACUGGAGAAAAGACAUUGACGCUCGUCUUCAGCAAUCUAAAAUGGCCCUCGAGGACAAGGAUUCGCAAGCAUCAACCUUUUCCCAGGAUCUUCGGACUCGUGCUGGCAGCAAAGCGCUUCUUUCGCGCGUGUCCGAUGUCGAGGAUCGAUUGGCGGAUCUGGAGAGCGCACAGCCUUCAUACGCCAACCCGUGGGAGAUUGAAGUCGUCCUUCUUCCCUUCGGCCGUACAUUGAAAGGUGUCUGGCAUGAUUCAACCGACAACAAUCUAACGGAUCCCAACAUGCCUACAGCGCAAUCCAACCAAGUUGGGUCAUCAGGUAGCUUGCUUGCCCCGACCGGAACCAAGGAACCUGCUUGGACUGCAGAUACGAUCGAGGCCUGGGCGAACACCAUCAAUCCAUGGCUCUGGCCUAAAGCGCCUGGUCCAAACAGCAAUCUGUUUAAACGCCUCCAAAGUCGAGGACUCAUUCGUAAUGUCAGCAUUGUCGACACUGGUGCACAUGGCAUCUGGGAGUCAAUCAAGGACGCUUUUGCAGACUUCGUUGAUUCACAGCCAUUCUAUCGUACAAACAAUCAACAGCAACCAUACGAGGCAAUGAGAGAAGCAUUCGUGCCGUUGCGCAAGAUCAAGAAGUCUUCGUGGCUUCGGUACCUGGAACCACAUGAGUUGAUCACUCCUGCUACGUGGAAUAUAUCUUUCCUAGAUUCGGGCGUCUUCAUGAACGGGAAAGGCGGCCGCAAACGCCUUUAUAUGACCACUGCCGACGGAUAUAUCCAGCCAGGAAAGACCGGCUGGACAUGGCAGCAGAUACGCGAUCUACCACGCUACGAGAACGUCAUCGCUAGGUCUGGCUCAUUGUUCAGCAGAGAAGCACCCUCGGAACCAUUCUGGGCACACAUGGCCGCUCUCGAUGACGCACCCACAUUCUCUUCUUUUAUAUCGCAACACAGCAACACUUCUCUCGGCAAACGUCGCAGUUCUGGUGUCACUUUCGAAGAUUUGGAGAUCGGAAGCCCCUCCGCCAGAUCUUACACCUCAAGCUCAUCUGGCGACACAAUUACCCCUCGCUUCUCAGAAUCUUUCCCUAUUAUCACGAAAAGAGCAUCCCAGUCAAAACGUCGCGAAAGUCCAUCAUGCACACCGGUCGCCUACCAAAAGCGUCGUCGCACAUCUGGCUCUCCUAGUAGAUACCGAGGAGGACUCGAAGAGUUGACACCGAGAUGGUCACACGAGCCCCCAACACCAAUGCUGGAAAAUGCUUGGGAGACGCGCAGUCAAUGCAAAGCAGGAUCAAGCAGAAAGAGACUCAGCACACCUACCGCGUAUGCGACGCCGCACAGCCACAACGUCGCUAAUGUCGUCGACCUUGCUAUGGCAGAUGGAGGGGACACAGAAGUCGAGUCUGUAGGCUCCGGUCCCGCUGAGAGCGAGCAUGAAUGGGCGGGACUUGAUGAGGACGGAGACGUUAGCGAUAUGUCGCAAUUGACCUCGCAGUCCAGCUUCUCUGCCAGCGAGUGGAUCGAGGACGAAAACGAGUCUUUCGAGCAGGAUGAAGAUGAUGGCGACAGUCUUUAUGAGCCAUGA